AUGAACUUUAUCAGUGAACAACGACGCAUAUCUGAUCAAAAACGAGAAUUAGAAAAAAAUCAUGAAUAUAUUCAAUUAUCUUAUGUACAUGAAAUCGGUUCGCGACAUGUUUUUAAUCAAGAACUGAAAAAAAUCUUAUCAGUCAAUCUCGAUGCUUCAAAUGCUACAGUAAAACAAAUUAAUUUACAAAAAACGAAACAACGUUUAUCUAAAAAUGUAAAGGCAUCAUCACCUAUCACGAUAUCAAAAAGCAAACCUGUUCAUGUACAAGUGACAACGAAACAGCAAUAUUCAUUAAAUGCAUUAUUGAGUCAACAAAAACCAUCUCAUCCUUUAUUAAAUCAAAAAGGAACAUUCUUCUCAACAUAG